AGCGGGCGUUACUUACCAUGGCAGCAGAAUGGCGAAGCGAGGCCGAGAACAGCCAGUUGGAGGACAGCGCAAACAAGAUAGCGCUCCUCCUCUCGCAUCUCACGGAUCUCCUGGCAACCUGCAUUACACAGCAGGCGGAGAUCCUUGGUUUGACAACUCGGUAGCUAACCUCCAAGGCCGCCUUCAGCGGGUGGAGAAGCGACCAAUCGCCGUCGCCGACACAGGCUCUUCCAAUACUGCCGACCGCCUCACCGCAUUGGAGAUGCACGUCGGCUCCCUCCAGGACGGCGCACAGUUACAGCAGACCGCGACGCAACAAUUGCAGCAGCGGAUCUGCACUACCGCCACCACCUCGAGUCCGGAGCCGCGCGAGACAACUCCUAAGUUCGAUGGGCAGGAGAUCUUCCACGACUCAAUCAAGACAGAUCCAAUUCCAUGGUUUCGCAAGUUCGAGCUCACGCACCAGCUCCACAACGCGUGGUUGGACAACUUGUUGUCCAAGUACGGAGUGGUAGAAGUGGACUUGCACACCAUGAUCAACUGGGAUGAUCUGAAGGCGGCAUGGCACAAGCGGUUCCAGGUGGAGCCGCCAGAGAUCAAAGCCAUGGACAAGCUUAUGGUCUUCGAGCAAGGCUCGCUGCCGAGUACGGACUGGAUCGCCGAGUACCAACGCUUGACGUCAGUCCUAGACAUCCAGAUGGGCUUCAAGGCCAUCCGCCACUAUUGCAUCUCAAGGUCAUGUCCGACAUUGAGCAAUGCUCUGACGCAUGUCGAGGACACCUUGACGACGACGGCGGAACUAUUCGACAAGGCGGCGCAGAUCAUCGUUACGAACAAGGAGGCCAAGAACCUCCGUUCUUCUGCGUCAGGCCCGAGCGGGAACCAGCAUCGGCCACGAGUGGCCGUGGUCGCAGCGGCAGCGCCGUUAGACCAAACCAGCGAGGCUGCGUCUGCCAGUGAAGGAGACAGAUUCGCAGCCGCCCGGGAAGGUGGCCGCGCCGGCAGAGGCCGAGGGCGCGGCAAGCCGAAGACACACACCGUUUCUAGCCCUGGGCUCGGUGCAGCAGCUCAGGCAGGCCCAUGGACCCCCGAUUUGCUGGAUAGCGGCACGACUCGCAACUUCAUGAGCCAGUCUUUUAUGCAAAGAGCUGGCCUUGGCGCUCAGGUUCGGAGGAAGGCAAACCCGACGACGAUCAAGUUGGUGGAUGGUAAGACGCAACAACUUCUUGACCGUUACAUCGAGGCCGUACCGGUCUACUUCGCACCUCAUGCAUGCGAACCGGUAACAUUCGAUAUUCUCGACACGGAUUUCGACAUCAUUCUGGCAAUGCCUUGGCUCGCAAGUGCGGAUCACACAGUCAACUUCCAUCGGCGGACUCUUAGCGUUCGCGACGCCUUCGGCGCAGAAGUGGCGUGUACGAUUCCUGUACCGCACUCUUCGAUCCGGUGCCAAGUGGUGACGGCCAAAUCAUUCUGGUUGACGUGCGCUUACGAGCAGCCAGAGGAAAUCGACCUAUGUUUCCUACGGAUUGUCGCAGUUGCCGACUCUUCACCUACGGACUUGUCUUCGGACCCCCGGGUGGUGCGGUUGCUGGACGAGUUCGCCGACAUCUUCGAGUCACCUACCGGUGUGGUGCCGGGUCGGCCAAUCUCUCACGAGAUCAUUCUUGAGGCCGGUGCCGUGCCGCCGAAAGGUUGCAUCUAUCGGAUGAGCGAGGAGGAGCUUGAGGUACUCCGCGCACAACUCGAUGAUUUGUUGGCUAAGGGCUGGAUCUGCCCGAGUAGUUCCCCAUAUGGAGCACCAGUUCUCUUCGUCCGGAAGAAGAACAAGGAUCUACGAUUGUGCAUCGACUACCGCAAGCUCAACACGCAAACCAUCAAGAAUGCGGGGCCUCUUCCUCGCAUCGACGAUCUUCUCGAGCAGCUGGGCGGUGCGAAGUAUUUUUCCAAGUUGGAUUUGAAAUCAGGAUAYCAUCAAAUCUCGAUUCAGCCGAAUGAUCGCUACAAAACCGCAUUCAAGACGCGGUAUGGGCAUUUUGAGUGGGUGGUCAUGCCUUUUGGCCUCACCAACGCCCCGACGACAUUCCAGGCGGCGAUGACCAAUGAGUACAAGGCCAACCGCGACAAGUGCGAAUUUGUCCGGCAAGAGCUGGAAUACUUGGGCCAUUUUGUCACACCGGAGGGCAUCAGUCUGCUAUCGGACAAGAUUCAGGCCGUCCAAGAGUGGCCGGAGCCUCGGAACGUCACGAAUGUCCGCUCGUUCCUUGGUCUUACCGGCUACUAUCAGCGCUUCAUCAAAGGCUACUCCAAGAUCUCGGUCCACUUGAACAAGCUUCAGUGCGAGGAUCGGCCGUUUGACUUUGGAGAGGAGGCGCGGGGAUCAUUCCUCGCUCUCAAAGCCGCGCUAUUGUCUGCGGAGGUCUUGCGGAUAUACGACCCGCUCGCGCCUACACGUGUCACUACGGAUGCGUCAGGCUAUGACAUUGGUGCAGUCCUCGAGCAACAUGAUGGUGUGGACUGGCACCUGGUCGAGUACUUCAGCAAGAAAGUGCCACUCGUGCAUUCCAUUGACGAUGCACGCAAGAAGGAGCUCCUCGCCUUCGUCCACGCGCUCAAGCGGUGGCGACACUUCCUCCUUGGUCGAAGCCAAUUUCGCUGGGUAACAGACAACAAUCCGUUGGUCUUCUACAAGACCCAAGACACCGUCAACAGCACCAUCGCUCGAUGGAUGGCUUUCAUCGACCAGUUCGACUUCUUUCCCGAUCACAUUCCCGGGAAGUCAAACUGUUUUGCGGAUGCUCUUUCACGACGUCCGGAUCACUGUACCGUGGUCUACUCGACUUUCGAGAUUGACGAUGACCUGCGGAACAGCUUCAUCCGCGGUUACCAAGCCGACCCCGAGUUUCGCGACAAGUACGCGAAUUGCUCCUCGCCUAAUCCGACUCCUUCUCACUACCGGAUCCAGGAGGGGUACUUGCUUGUCCACACGCGGGGGAAGGACCUUCUUUGUAUACCAAGUGAUCCUCACUUGCGUACACGGCUUCUUGGCGAGUUCCACGACGCUCCCGCCACCGGACAUUUUGGAGUCAAUCGCACGAUUGGCCGACUUCCCCAACGAUUUUGGUGGCCCGGCCUUCUCGGCGACGUCACGCGCUAUUGCGAGUCAUGCGAGGUUUGCCGACGCUGCAAAUCCUGCAACCAUCGUCCGUACGGCGAGCUACGACCAUUGCCAGUCCCGUUGAGGCGAAGGGAAGCGAUUGCCAUGGACAUCACCGGCCCGUUCCCCAAGCACAAGACCGGAGUGGAUGGGAUUCUCACGGUGGUCGACCGACUCACCAAGUUCGCCAUGUUUUUGCCUUGUCGCUAUCAUGCCAAGGCACCGUAGUUGGCCGAGGUUCUAUACGCCGUUGGAUUCGCACCAAGGGUUACCCCAAGGAGAUCGUCUGCGACCGCGACACUC